AUUCGCAUUCAGUAACAACAAAGAGAGUUUUACGACAGCGCCGCAAAAAGAUUUUCCUUUCAAGUCAAAUAUUCAUAAUUCAAUCAAUUUGUGAUUACUAAAGUGUACGACCAUUGUGUCUAGAACUCUAUUAUCAGGCGAUAUACUAACGCAUUAACUCAUCAAAGGCCAACGUUCGUCUUCUAUACCAGUGUGUAUAAAGGCACAGAGGCGGUUGCGAAUCAGAUCAGAUCGAGCAGUCGUUUGAAGAAAUUGUCAAAAUCUAAAUUCAAUCAAAAACAGAAAAAAUUAACGUAGAGACACGCCAUAGAAAGAGUGCAAGAAAUCCUGAUUUUCCCACAAAUAAUACAAAAUAACAAAGGAAGACAAAAUGAUGAAAUUAUUAGCCGCAGUUUUGUUGCUGACCGUAGCGGUCAACGCACAAAUGACAUGCCGUUUGGAGCAGCCACGCAUUCCCGUCGAGUGGAUAGGCCUCAAUGACAAGAGCGGACAAUGUUUGGAGGAGAUGCGCAAGCAAAUCCAAAUGGAGAUCAAUGCCUCCAACAUCUACUUGGCCAUGGCUGCACACUUCUCACGCGACGUCGUCAAUCGUCCCGGUUUCGCUGAGCACUUCUUCAAGUCGGCACGCGAGGAACGUCAGCAUGGCUCGAAACUCAUUGAAUACUUGUCGAUGCGUGGUCAGUUAACAGACAGCGUCACCGAUUUGAUUCAACUCAUUGAUGUUGACGUUAAGGUAGACAGCGGUGUUGACGCCCUCCGUCAAGCGCUUGAAUUGGAAACUAAGGUCACCAAGAGCAUUCGCUCAUUGAUCAAGGUCUGCGAGAAGACACCCAACUGGUACCACUUGGUCGACUGGCUAACCGGUGAAUUCUUGGAGGAACAACUCACCGGUCAACGCGAUUUGGCUGGCAAAUUGAGCACACUCACCAAGAUGAUGGCCACCCAAGGCGCUUUGGGCGAAUUCUUGUUCGACAAGCAAUUGUAAAUUACCUCCUACAACAACUACAACAAUUCUACAAGCAGUCAGUUGGUCAUCAACAUUCAACAUUUAGACCAAACUCAACACCAACAGACGGACGGCAUGUGCUGUACGAAGGAGGAGCAGUGCUUAUCUCUUAUACUUAUACCAACUAAAUAAAUAAGUGAUGAAAUUAUGUAUGAAUUGAAAUUAUGAAAAAAUAAUAGUAUUCUUUUUGCAUUAUUGUGUUCUAAUAUAUUAGUAUAUUAAAAAAAUCGGAAAUGAAUUUCAAAUUUUAAUUUUCACUUUUUUUUCUAAAUUUUAUUUUCUAUAAACUUUUCCUCUAAAAAGUCAAUUAUAUAAGUACAUAAUUGGUAUUGAAAACACAAAUAAAUUUCUAAAGUACUCCGCACAGAAAUACAGUAA